AUGGCUGAUGACAUCUUGAUCGAUCUGCUGCGGAAAUACGAGGUACCCGUGGACCAGUCCUCCCUCGAAUCCGUCUUUCAAGACGAGGAGCAGGGAAGGCUGCUGCACGAGUGGGCCAAGUCACACCUCGUGACGGACACGCUGCUCACAAAAAACGAGCUGAACUCAUACCUGGCUCUCGAGCGAAAUGGCAGGGCUGAGAACCUGGCAGCGUCUGCAGAUUUGUCUAGCGUCCAGCCUGUCAGGGACCAGGAAAUCAUAGACGCCAUCCAAGAGCUCAACCGUUCCACCGAUGCUAUAAACAAGCAGACCGAAACUCUACGUCAGCAGCAGAACGCCCUCUCGCGGCUCAUUGCAACCGGCGGCAAGACUGGCGAUGCUCGCUCUGACCUCGAGGCCAAGCGGCUUUACGAGUGGGAGUCGACCCGCAAAGCUCUGCGGACAAAUGUUGAGCUGCUGUCACAAGGGAUCGGCUACCGCAUGUCGGAACUCGACCAGGGGAUCAAGGAAUCGCGCAAAGACUUGACUAGUAUUGUCGAUGAAGUCCUUCAGUCCGACGACAAGCUCUUGUCCAGUCUUCAGAAGCUUGGUUGGGAGCUCGAGACGGAGGAUCGCGAGGAGACCGAAACUGUCGACCAGCUCCGGGAAAUUUGUGCCCGAUUAAUCAAGUACACCGUGGAAUGCAUCCGUACUAAACUGGACCGCACAUACCUGGAAAGUCUGCAGUCAAUUUCAAAAUCGGGAUCCGAGAAUCAGGCUCCAAAGGAAGAGAUUGCAGCGCUGCAAGAUGAGCUGGAGUCGCUGUACUCGGAGAUCCUUCCAGUCGCGCAGAUGUCUGUCGAGCAGCAGUGGUUAGAGCCUUCCCUGAGAUCAUUAUCCGCAAAGACCGGCCAAGGCUUUAGCCACGCCGCUGGAUCCAUUCAAUAUAUUCUUGAUUGCUUGGACCAUGUUCAAGAUCGAAUCCGACGGGCGUCCGACCGUGUCACAUCCUUCAAAGCGCACGAGAGCGCGACGGGUGCCAUCAUCGCCACCGCAAGGGCUGAGAUAUCGACGCCGGUCGCUUCUAACAUCACCAAGGUUAAUACCACCGUCGCACCGCUGUCAUCGCCGGCCCGUCGGUUCCAGCCAGCAGACGACAUGAUGACCCCUGCGCCUCGCCGUCCAAGAGCAAACACAAAAUCCCGAAGACGUUCCUCUGGUGGCGCAUCCCAGGAGUCUCCGUUAGAACACCUCUUGGGGGACCUGGCAAUUUCUCUACCGGGCGUAGAAGAUGAGGAUGCCAGUGCCACAGCCUCGGCCCAGGCGCAAGCCGCCCUCCUAUCUAAAACACUGGCCGAGCGCACGCGAAAGGCAGCUGACGUCGCUGACAGCGUUCAGUCGACGUUCGAGCACGCAGCUACAACCCACCUCGCCGACGCACGCGCUGCACUGCAGCUUAUCAGGGACUCGGUCCUCGCGGAGAGCCCAUAUGCGGAGGUACAUCUCGUGGAUCCAGGGAUCGAGUCGUCCAUUGGGGUGUUGGCGCAGGAAGUGCAGAAUAUCGCAAGCAGGCUUGAGCGCGUAGAGAGCGAGGCUGCUGCACUAGCAAGAGGGCGUAAUGUCAAUAGGGACGAGAUCAUCUCGCGGUGGGGCCGUCGUGGCUGA